GUAAUAUUAUUAUUACAAUGUAUUGAACAGUAUUUUUAUUAUUAUAGUAAUGGACUCACUGUUUAUGUAUUUGAUUGUAACGGCAUGUCUGGUCACUGGACUUAUAGGCCAUCAACACUCACAUUCACAUCAUUCACAUGAAGAUGAGACAAACGAAAAGCCAUCGUUUAAGUAUUCACGUCAAGCAAAUGUCGACCACGAGGCGACCGCAAAGCCAAACACUGAUACACAUCACCCGAAAGCCGGCGGCUGUCCGUUCGGUCACAGCCAUGAACCGGAUCAUAGUCACCAAAAAGCUGAUCCGUCAACCGUUUGGAUGUCUGCAAUGGGCUCUACUUUAUUGAUAUCAUUAGCUCCUUAUGUGAUACUAUUUUUGAUACCAUUAGAUAACUCACCAGAAUAUGACUCGUGGCUUAAAGUGUUGUUAAGUUUUGCUUCGGGAGGUCUAUUAGGUGAUGCUUUUCUUCACCUAAUACCUCAUGCAAUGCCCGCCGGCCAUAGUCACGGAUCAGCCGAUCACUCGCACUCACAUUCAGAUCAUCAUUUAGACGGCGAAUCUCAUAGUCAUGAUAUGUCAGUAGGUCUUUGGGUUUUGGCCGGUAUUAUUGUCUUCUUAAUGGUCGAAAAGUUUGUACGAAUUGUCAAUAAAGGUCGCGGCGGACACAGUCAUAGCCAUGGAUCACAUUCGAGUGAGAAGAAGACGAAGAAAAGUGAUGAAAGCAAUUCAGAGACUGAAAUAGAGUCAGAUAGCAAUGGGAAAGACAUUACCGGCGAUGAACUCAAGUCUAAACAUAAAUUAAAAACAACUGAAUCAGGUGAAAUAAAAGUCUCCGCUUAUCUCAAUUUGGCCGCCGAUUUCACCCAUAAUUUGACCGAUGGUUUAGCGAUCGGCGCCUCAUAUUUGGCCGGUCAGAGCAUCGGUAUUAUCACUACAAUCACGAUUUUAUUGCACGAAGUUCCGCAUGAAAUCGGGGAUUUCGCUAUAUUAAUACAGUCGGGCUGUAGUCGCCGUAAAGCGAUGUCUAUGCAACUGAUCACAGCUGUGGGUGCUCUGACCGGCACAGGUAUCAGUUUGUUUGCCGAAGGUAUGGGUGAUGCGGCCUCGUCCUGGAUCUUACCAUUUACUGCCGGCGGCUUCAUAUAUAUAGCCACCGUUUCGGUAAUACCAGAACUCUUGGAGAAGACAAGUCUCGUCCAAUCAAUUAAAGAGGUUUUGGCAUUACUUGUCGGCGUAUUUAUGAUGGUAUUGAUCGCUAAAUUUGAGUGAAAUUAUUAUUAUUCAUACGAAUUGUUAAAUAAUUAAUUG